AUGGAGACUCGCCUGGCGCUGGAUAGCAAGGCCAAGCAGCUGAACCUCGCCUUCAAGAAGAAAUUCGUGCACAGUACCGACACCGAGCUCAAGGUUCAAGGUCGUCUGAAUACCACCAAUGCAGCGGCCACCGUCAACACCAGCCUCAACAAGUACUUUUACCUGGGCUCUUCCGUCGUGAAGCCGAAUGAGGCCUACCAGCCGGACACGAGGCUGAGGGUAGGACUGGGGGCCAAGGCAUCGACAUCCUCAGACGACGUCACCAUUAGUCUGAAUGCCAAGAAGAAGAUGGUGCUCAACCGUGUGCAGCAUCUGACGCGCAAUCGUGUGGUGAUCGACAGCUACACCCACGCCGUCGCACGUGUGCACUACGACUUCAACCCCCGCAGCGAGACGUGGAGGGGCGAGGCGUCGGCCUGCUUGAGCCACGCAGUGCUCCGCUUCACGGAGGAUCAGGACCUGCGUGUCACCGCGGGUGUGCGAGCGCCGCUGACUCAGCACAGCGUCGGCCAGCCGGAGCCGUUCCUGAGGGUCCAGGCAAGGAGGCCGAGUGGCAAGGCGUGUGCGGAAAAUUGCUGGACGCUGAAUGUGGACCGCCACGGCGGCUGGAACGUGCUGUACGACCUCUGA